UGCUUUACUUUUCUGAUGCUAUAUAGCACCAAAACUGAUGGAUCCUUCGUUGAGCAAUCACAUUCAUGCGCUUCAAUCAAAUGGAUCGGAAGUUCAAGUCCGACAUAAGCAACCUUUUGUGAUUGGUGUUGCUGGUGGUACUGCAUCAGGCAAGACAACUGUAUGUGAUAUGAUUAUUGCUCAGCUCCGUGAUCAAAGAGUUGUUCUUGUGAGUCAAGAUUCAUUUUACCAUGUGCUGGAUGAGGAAAAACAGAAACAAGUUAAUGAAUAUAACUUUGACCAUCCUAAUGCUUUCGACACAGAACUUCUGCUCUCUUGCAUGGAAAAAAUGAAAUGCGGACAGGCAGUUAAUAUACCAAUCUAUGACUACAAGAGUCACAAGAACGAUAUGGCUUCAGGACGCCAGGUGAACCCCUCAGACGUCAUUAUAUUAGAAGGAAUUUUAGUUCUUCAUGAUCCUCGAGUUCGGAAUCUUAUGAAUAUGAAGAUCUUCGUGGAUACAGAUUCGGAUGUGCGGUUGGCAAGGAGAAUACAGCGUGAUACUGUUGAGAGAGGCAGAGACAUUCAGUCUGUUCUUGACCAAUAUGCCAAAUUUGUGAAGCCUGGUUUUGAUGACUUUAUACUUCCAUCAAAGAAACAUGCAGAUAUCAUCAUUCCUCGAGGAGGAGAAAAUGAUGUUGCGGUUGACUUGAUUGUGCAACACAUCCGUACAAAACUUGGUCAACAUGAUCUAUGUAAAAUAUACCCCAAUGUUUUUGUUAUUCAUUCAACAUUCCAGAUACGUGGAAUGCAUACACUUAUACGUGACGUUCAAACAAGAAAACAUGACUUUGUAUUUUAUGCAGACCGCCUGAUACGCUUGGUUGUGGAGCAUGGGCUAGGUUACCUUCCAUUUAAAGAAAAACAGAUCACCACUCCAACAGGGUUUAUCUAUACCGGAGUCACAUUUUGUAAAAGUCUAUGUGGGGUCUCAGUAAUUAGAAGUGGGGAAAGUAUGGAGAAUGCAUUGAGAGCAUGUUGCAAGGGGAUUAAAAUCGGUAAAAUCCUUAUCCAUAGAGAGCGGAACAGUGGCCGUCAGCUUAUCUAUGAGAAGCUACCAGAGGACAUUUCAAGUCAUCAUGUUCUCUUGCUUGACCCAGUUCUGGCUUCAGGAAACUCUGCUGUCAAAGCUAUUUCUCUUCUGAUUAGCAAGGGUGUACCAGAGUCCAACAUCAUCUUUCUUAAUCUUAUAGCAUCUCCUGAAGGAAUACAUGUUGUUUGUAAGAAAUUUCCUACGCUGAAGAUUGUGACAUCAGAGAUUGACGUCUCACUUAACACAGAUUUACGUGUGAUUCCGGGUAUGGGGGAAUUUGGGGAUCGUUACUUUGGGACUGAUUAGAGCACCACCACCACCACCAUGAAACAUAGUAUCAUAAACAGUUAGAAACAUGAGAAGCACCUAUGACUCUUAUUCCAUAUUAAGAGUAGAUAAGUACCCACUAUAAAUUUUGGUCUGGCAUCUAAUAAGAGAGGCUUCAUUUAUGAUGGACAUUCCAUGGAGAGAUUUUAUAGACCAACUCUAUUGGAGUUGCACGUACUGGGAAAAGAGACAAGUUUUGAA